CUAGCUUUAUCCACUCCUUAGCUCUGUGUUUCGUUAAUUUUGUAAUCAUUUCAGUGUUCACGUUUCGUAACUUUUCUUGUUUCUGUAAUCCUUACUUUUCAAGCAAUUCUGCAACUAAAAGCCUAUUCUGAUACUCAUGAUACAUUCCAGUUUCAAUACAAACCAAAGUAACCGACGGAUUACCAUAACUCUCCUCAGGAAAAAUGCCUUGUUGGUUUUUUGAAAAGAAAGACUUAAGAAACACUGCAUCGUAUCAAGAUGGUAUCUCACCAGAAGUUGAGGCACGAUAUCGCCGAGAAGGUGCUCGUUUUAUUUUAGAUGCUGGUUCAAAAAUGGGACUAAGAUUUGAUACAUGUGGUACAGGUGUGGUAUAUUUCCACAGAUUUUAUAUGUUGCAUUCAUUCCGAGAGUUCCAUCGUUAUGUAACUGGAGCUUGUUGCUUAUUCCUUGCUGGGAAGGUUGAAGAAACACCAAAGAAAUGUAAAGAUAUCAUUAAAAUGUGUCAAAGUUUACUGACACCUCAGCAGUUUGCUGUUUUUGGAGAUGAUCCUAAAGAAGAAGUGAUGACUCUUGAAAGAAUUUUGUUACAGACAAUCAAAUUUGACUUGCGUUUGGAGCAUCCAUAUAGUUUUCUUUUAAAAUUUGCCAAAAUUUUAAAAGGAGACAAAGCUAAAAUCCAGAGUAUGGUACAAAUGGCUUGGACUUUUAUCAAUGACCAUUUAUGUACAACACUGUGUCUGCAAUGGGAAGCAGAAAUUAUCGCUGUGUCACUCAUGUAUCUAGCCAGUCGACUAUCAAAGUUUGAUAUCCAAGAAUGGGAUGGUAAACCACCUGGUAGUCGAAUGAAAUGGUGGGAAUGGUUUGUAGAAGGUAUUACCAUGGAACUUAUGGAAGAUAUAUGCCAUCAAGUUCUUGAUUUAUACUCCACAAACUCUCAGAAACGAGAAGAAUCUCCACCCAUGAAUGCUCCACGUCAAAGCAAUAACAUAUCGUCUAGUAAAUCUCCACAGAUGUCUGCUAUUAAAAGAUCCAAGGCAACACCUCCAUCUCCAUCAGAACCCCCUGCAAAACAAAGCAGGAGUUUAAGAAAUGAUGCUUCUUCUUCAUCAUCAUCCUCCUCUGAGAUGCCAGUCAACGACGACAACAACAACAAACGUAGCUCAGCUCAGCAAUCACAGCUACAACAACAACAACAGCAGCAGCAAUCUACUUCUUGUUCAAGCUCCAAGACCUCCCCCGUGUCUUCUAAUACACCUUCAUCUGGAUUUUCCAAAUCUGUAGCAUCAAUAACAGUUCAGUCUACAUCACAGAACCUGCCACUACAGCCACAACCCUCUCAACAGCAAAAUCCAAACCUAUCACAACAGUUACCUGGACAAAAUAUCGGUCAACCAAUUGGAGCCAUUACAGGUCAAAAUAUUGUGAACCAGCCUUCAGGUUCACUGAUCCCUGUGAAUGAUAACCAAAAUGUCAACAGUGAAAACUUUUCCCAGUACAACCCAUAUAUGACAUCACAAAUGUAUUCUUCCUCUUUCAUGUCACACGAGGGAGCACAGUCUAUUCAGUCCUUAAUCAGCCAAAGCCGGCCAUCGCAAGUAGCUGAUAUUCAGUCUGGUUCGGUUAACCCUCCAGCAUCACAGUAUCCACCUCCACCCCCACCAGCUGGAACUUACCAAGUUCCACCAUUCCCUCCGCAACCAGCAGCUGCCUUUACUCCCACAACCAGACCCUAUCCACCACCAGGAACCUUGCCUCCGCAAAAUGCUAAUUUGUAUCAAUACCCUCCCCCUGCUCCACCUGGUACAUAUCCUCCACAGGGUGCUACAGCAGUGCCUCCCACAAGUGGCCCACCACCUCCACCACCGCCGCCCAAUCUCGGUGGCAAUUACCAAACCCCUAACUACCCUCCUCCCUUACAGACCAACUAUCAACCCAACUACCCACCCCCGCCGACCCAACCUUACGCUGAUUCACCAGCUGCUUAUAAGCCACAAAUAACUCCAGGAAAGCCUUCAGCUAACUUGUACCAGCAGCCACCACCACCACAUUACCCUCCCCCCGCUGGGUAUUCAGCACCCCCUCCUCCGGGAACCACAAGCCCAAGCCGCCUGCCACUACCUCGAAAUACUUUACCGCCAGUUCAAAAUAAGAUGAAUGCAAACGCAAAUCCUGGCCUAGCCACAGUAAGAAUAACAGGUCGACAAAACAGAAGAUAGGAACAAAUUAUUUUAGAAUUUCUAUUUCAUUCCAGGCCAACGUCUCUGUAUUUGCUUUGUAAUAUAUGAAUCCUUUCUACAAA